CUGAUGCAGAUUUAAGUCUUCUGUGAAAAAAACUCUGAAUUAUAACGUUGUUUUACAGUCAGGACCGUUUCCAUGGUGACUCGUGAAAUCUAUGCUCCAUUGAAACUGUCUUCGUGUUGUUUCUGUGAGCGCGCAUUAACUCUGGGUAUCUUUCGGGAGUUUGAUUAAACUAACACUUCUUAUGUGUUCUGGAACCGACAGCAAGGUUUGGGUUAAUCAACCGAGAGUUCAGGGUGUAGCUGACGGUAAAUGAACCCUGCUUUCUGGAAUACACCCCGGAACGUCCUUCUUAUCCUUCUACUGCUGUGCUCAUCUUGUAUCCCGCGUGCACUCGUGCGGUUUUUCACUGCUCUGUUGGUAGUAUUGCAUCAAUCUGAUGCUGCUGGAUAAAAAACAUUUGCGACCGUUUGAUCCUUUAAUUGUAAAGCACUCGCACAUGGAAACUCAAAAGAGCAGCCUUCCGGUAUACAAAAUAAACACUGAAACCUCUACCACCGCGAUGCAUAAAUAUUGUUUUUGUAUUCGAAACAGAAAGGGGGUGUGGGACUCGCAGGACGCAUGCUCGCUCCUCUCCGCAUCCGGGUACCUGCCGUUUACUGUGUGGGUACGGAGGCGGGAAAUGGCGUCCAGAGGUGCGGGAAGGACAGAGGUGAACCUCGUCUGAAGAGGCACGCGAACAAGAGCGAGCGUCAGACCACGGCGGUCAUUAAAACAGACCGUUAUCCAAGAACGCGACCCCGGAGCUUCGUCUAUUUUACAUGUGACUUAAAACAAAAUGAGGCUGAGAAUGCGCAAGGCUUCUCAGCGGCCAACCCUCGCUUGCAGGCCCCUCCCGGCCCGGACCAAACGCAAGCACUCUGAGAUGGAGUGUUCAGGUGAAACGAAGGGUCUUCUCUCCAGCAUCAAGAAUUUCAUCCAUGGAAAUUCUAUCAAGGUGAAGCAGGAAAUCCCAGCAAAGAGGAACCGUUUGAGCUGCGAGCUGAUCACUUCCACUCCACAGAGAAAUGACCUGUCAAGGAAAAGCAUCUACACAGCUCGUAGGAGAAGCUCCAUUAAUGGAGCAACAACAAACCAUGAUACGAGUAAGCCUGUCAGGCCUAAUGGGAAGUUGGAGGACUCCGAGGAGGAUGUGAGCAGUCCACCCCGUUCCACCCUGCUUGGAACCAUCUUCUCUCCUGUCUUCAGCUUUUUUUCACCAGCAAAUAAAAAUGGCUCGGAUUCACCAGGCCAGGCAGUGGAGGCUGAAGAGAUUGUGAAGCAGCUUGAAAUGGAGCAAGUAGAAGAGAUGCCCACCAGUACUGCCACAUCUAGAGAGCCCCUAAGUGUUCCUCUCUACAGUAAUGCCAUGCCCUCAGCCAUCAGACACCAAACUUCCAUACACACACCAGAGUGUGAGGACAACCCUCAUCCUGACCUGCCCCCUCUCACAGCUCCAGGCUCUCCUCCAACAGGGGGAUAUGUGGACACUUCAAUCACUGUCCCAGCUGAAGGAUCCUAUGAGGAGGAGUGGGAAGUGUUUGAUCCGUAUUUUUUCAUCAAACAUGUACCUCCACUAACAGAAGAACAACUGACUCGCAAACCUGCACUCCCUCUUAAGACUCGCAGCACUCCUGAGUUCUCUCUGGUUCUUGAUCUGGAUGAAACUCUUGUCCAUUGUAGCUUAAAUGAGCUGGAUGAUGCAGCAUUAACCUUUCCUGUCCUCUUCCAAGAUGUCAUUUACCAGGUUUAUGUGCGACUGAGGCCAUUUUUCAGAGAGUUCCUGGAACGCAUGUCUCAAAUUUAUGAGAUCAUUCUCUUCACCGCCUCAAAGAAAGUUUAUGCCGACAAGUUGCUGAACAUUCUCGAUCCGAAGAAACAGCUGGUGCGGCACCGAUUAUUUCGUGAGCAUUGUGUCUGUGUACAAGGAAACUACAUUAAGGAUCUAAAUAUUCUUGGACGUGAUCUGUCCAAGACUAUUAUUAUUGAUAACUCACCACAAGCCUUCGCUUAUCAGCUCUCCAAUGGAAUUCCUAUUGAAAGCUGGUUCAUGGACAAGAAUGACAAUGAGCUUCUGAAGCUUGUUCCAUUCUUGGAGAAGCUGGUGGAAGUGAAUGAGGAUGUGCGGCCAUAUGUCCGUGAGCGGUUCCGGCUGCAUGACCUCCUUCCCCCUGACUGAGUGCUUAAAGUAAAAUGAAACCAAACAAAUGCAGAUAUAUGCUUUGGAUUUUUGCCUUUACUGUUAAAGUAAUCCUUGUUCCCCACGUUUUAACUAUUAUGAUAACAAAACAAAAGUGUUGAUUCAUUUUUUUUCUCCUCUGUGCAAUCAGAAGGAUUUAAAGUGGUUGUUUGGUAUCUUCAGUUUGAUCAUUCAGUACAAGGUAAUGUGUAGCAGUCAGAAAGAAUCAUGAUUUCUUUUGGUGCCGCCGUUAACCAAUUUUAGCAGGAAUGGCCAGUAAGAAAAGCAUAGCUUUUUGACAGAAGUUUCUGUGUUAACGUAAUUGUUUAUUUUCUGGCAUUUUUAAUAUCUUCAGUAUGCAUUCCUCUCCACCUGUAUUUUUUUGGGGCGGUUGUGUCUGUUCAAAUCAGUGGUUUUUAUCUUCUGUUUUGUUUUUUGAAUGCCAAAAUUUUAAUUUCCCAAAUAACUUUGUAUUAAUUUAGUAACGACCUAUUCUUGAAUGUUGUUUGUUUUCACAGAGCUCAUUCGACUCAGUCUUUUAUAUAAGGCAUUGCUAAAAAGAAUGGGUUAAACCAUAGAUGGACGUUUUUAAAAAAAUGGGUUUGCAGCGAGUAUAUUCUUAAAUUCCUGAAAUGAGAAGUUCCCAUGUAAAGGUUGAAAGUCCAGAAAGUUUCAGUUAUUUCUCCACAUAUGUUUAUUUACCUUAGUCAAAGCUAAUGUAGUCAAUUAGUAGCACCCAUCUGUCCUUUCAAAAACUAGGAAUAUAUCAUCUACUGUUACAUUUUUAUAACGUUAUUAAUUUUGUAUUCAUUUUUUUCCGCUUUUGUUCAUGUUCAGCCUGUGUAAUUUGUUGAUGUUAUGUUCUGGUGUUCUUUGAGAGGUAACGCCAUAAAUCCAUUGUUCUAGUGUUAGUUAUGAUGCACGUGUUUCAUGUUAAAUUUAGGAGCUAAUGUAGCAUGACCCAGAGCUAAUCUGAACUGCAAAGAAGAGGAUAGAGUGCUGAAGCCUGUAAUAGCCCUGUUUAUAGCACCAGCAUAACAACAGCAAGCAUCAUCGCUGUGGUUUAAACCUGACUGCCUGUAGUUCUGUUUUCUUCUAUAAUGGGAUUCUGGGUUUUUUAAGAUAUCAAGCGUUGUGAAAUAUUCUGAUAGAUGAAUGAGUGUAAAUGACUCUGGGGAGGAAUGAGAGUUGAAUAUACUGCAAAGAUUGUAUUCUUCUCUUCAUUCCAAAGGUAUGGUAGUGAUGUUUCAAACUGAGUAAUACAAGAGAUCAAAUUACAUUUGUGCCAUUUAGGGUGUGUUAAACCGGGGCUAGUUGUAUUCCCUGCCAUUUUUCUGGCUUAUGCUCUGUUUUUAUUGUAUUUAUAUUGAAUAUGUUCACUCAUGCCACUGGUGCCAUUAUUACGCUUUGUUAAUGGGUCUGUAAAGGACAAUCACUGAUUACACAGUAUGUCUCGUGCUGAAUGGUUGUGCCCAUUGUUUUUAGUACCUUCUUUUUUUAAUCUGGUGGAAGGUAUUCCUGCUGUAAUUUUGGUACUUCACAAUGUACAGAGGAAAGGAAAGGGUAAAAAGCGUGAUGCUAAGGAUCCUGCUCUACUAACAAAAGGUGUUUUUCUGUUUGACAGAGUCCAUUGGCACCAAGCACAGUAUUUUUCUCAUGCGACAAUAGACUUGGUAAAAUGGUUAUACAUGGCGUACAUUAAGUAUUAUACCCAACUUCUGUUCGUUUUAUAAAUUCUUUCUUCCUGCAAUAUUUUUUUGAGAUAGAAUCCUAAAUCCAGAAUGUUAUCUCAAAUAUUGGGAGGCAGGGGUCGCAACUAUACCCUUUGGUCCAGGCACUUUCUUUAAAGCCAGAGAGUUAUUUUGAAUGAUUGUCAAAGAGUGGAAGUGUAUUAAAUGUUAAAGGUUUGUUUCAUAUGUACAACCAAUUCAUUGUAAUGUGCUUUACUUUUUGUACAAUGCAUAUUGUACUAAAACAUGCAGUUUCAUGAAAAAAAAUGUAAAAGGAAAUCUUUUUGUAUUUUUGAUUCUUUGUAUUUUUAAAGGCAUGUCACAUCUAUUUUUCAAAAUGUAUUCAUUUUUUAAAUGUAUCAGUUUUUGUAUUGUAUCUUUGUAGUUAGCAGAAUCACUGAACAUUCUAAGCAUGUAAAGAAAAAAGCCUGCUAUGUAAGAAAGUUCACAUUUUGAUCAAGGCACUUUUUGCAGAUGAAUGUUUCAGUUUUCUUUUCUUUUAUACUUCUAAAGCCAUAUGGCUUGUGAGUAUCCUUGAGCUGCAUUGGAGAAACACUCUUGGUCUAAAAGUCAUUUACUGAAACAUGAUGUGUUAUUUAAGAUUGCUUAUAUAAUUGAAAAUAAGUAUUUGGUAAAUUGCAUGCUCUUUCAUUUUAUGUCAAAACAUUUUAGAUACUUAAGAAUGGAUUGUUGUAUUUCAUGUCUUUUUCUGAUACUUCGUUUUACCAUCAAAUGGUGUGUAAUAUCAAGGAGAUUUUAUGGA